AUGGCCGAAGAGCUCGACGUGCUCAUCCUCGGCGCCGGCCUCUCAGGUAUCAACGCGGCGUACCGCGUGCGCACGGAGCUGCCGAAUGCGUCCCUCGCGGUGCUCGAAGGCCGCGACAUUCUCGGCGGCACGUGGUCCUUCUGGAAGUACCCCGGGUUCCGCUGCGAUGCCGCCAUGACCAACUUUGGCUUCAACUGGCACCCGUGGACGCACGAGCGCAAGAUCAUCGAGGGCGAGCGCAUCAUCGAGUACGUCGAGGACGCCGUGCGCACCCACGGCCUCGACAAGCACAUUUCGCUUCGGCCACCGCAUCCUCUCCGCCGACUGGGACUCGGCGACGGCGCGCUGGACCGUCGAGGUCGACCACGGCGGUCAGCGAAAGCGCUUCCGCGCCGCCUUCAUGCUGCUCUGCACCGGCUACUACUCUGGUGGCCCCAGGACCUCGACUACGCCGGCAAGAACGUCGUCAUCGUCGGCUCCGGCGCCACCACCUGGACCCUGUUCCCGACCAUGGCCGAGACGGCGGCGUCCGUCACCGUCCUCCAGCGCAGCCCGUCGUACGUCUUUGCGCUGCCGAGCGCGAGCCCCUUCGACGCCUUGCUGCGCCGCCUGUUGCCGCUCUGGCUCGCCCACCGCCUCGCCGCCGCCAAGGACCUCCUCCUCGAGGUCCUCUUCGUCGGCUUCCUCCUGACCUUCCCCUCGGCCGCCCGCAGCUUCCUCGCCAAGGAGGCCACGCGCCAGCUGCCGCCGGGCUACCCCGUCGACGUGCACUUCAACCCGUCCUACAAGCCCUGGGAGCAGCGCCUCUGCAUCAGCCCCGACGGCGACGUCUUCCGCGCGCUGCACCGGCCCAACGCCGAGAUUGUCACCGACCACAUCGACGCCGUCGUCGCCGACGGCGUCCCGCACGCCCCACCGGCCCGCCACCUUGCCGGCCGACCAUCGCCCUGGGGGGUCUACGGCCACAUGCGCGCCCACCGGUACCGAGCGCGCCACCCCCGUCGGUCGACCCUCGACGCUGCCGAGCGCAAGGGCCGCGCCCAAGCUGCCCGUCAUGGACAUGAAGAGCAAUUACUUCGCGUCGCCAGGAACAGGCUGCCCAUGUCCAUGGAGAGGGGGCCUUGGUAUGCCAGGAAGAACAUCGUCAAGGACAAGGCGGCCCUGUGGUUCGGUGACGUGACGACGGGGAUCCGCUACGACGGGGGCAAGGUGAAGAGCGUCUAG